CCGUCCGCAACCCUGACACUUUGACAUUAACAAGCACAACUGGGUCCUCGGUUUCGGCACAUUCCCGCCCCGGCCAUGCUUAAUGCUUUCUGCACAAGUUUCUGGCGGACUGGGCUAGGAUCUAUAUAGCUGGCCCGUUGGCACGGCCUCCAUCAAUCUAAAUCGCCCACUAUCUGUCUGUCCGCCCGCCAAUAAUCCGUGGCCCCUUCACCAUGCACCUCCGUCUGGCGCUGUCGCUGCUCCCCCUCACCACCCACGCCAUCAACAUCAUCUCCUCCAACGAUGAUGGCUGGGCCGAGAUCAAUAUCCGCACUUUCUAUGACUCUCUCACCGCUGCCGGCCACUCGGUGGUGAUCUCCGCCCCGGCAGAGAAUGAGAGUGGAACCGGUUCUGAUGAUGCCACCCCCACCAACCUGACUGAAGCGUGCGAGUUCAACAGCUGCCCCUCAGGGAGUCCGGCGUACGGCUACAAUGCGUCCGAGCCGCGGUGGAACUACGUUAAUUCGUACCCGGUCACCUCGAUCAAGUAUGGCAUCAACACGUUGUCGGAGAAAUUCUUCAGCGGCUCCCCCGCCCUCGCCGUGACCGGGCCUAACGUCGGCGCCAACCUGGGCCUGUCGGUCUUCUUCUCUGGCACGGUCGGGGCGGCGACCUACGCGGCGAAGCAGGGCAUCCCGGCCAUCGCCUUCUCCGGUAGCACGGGCUCGCAGACGGCGUGGAACGUGAGCGUGCCCACCUACAGCACCGUGUACGCGGAGCUGUCGACCAAGCUGGCGGACGCGCUGGUUGCCUCGGGCACACCGUACCUGCCGGACGACAUCUGGUUGAACGUGAACUUUGGCGCCGUCAGCGACUCGAGCUGCACCAGCGCGGACGACUUCAAGUUUGUCUUGUCGCGUAUUUUCACCGCCAUCCCGCUCAUCUCCGGCGACGACGUCGAGACCUGCGACAACGACAAGCGCUUGCCCACGGAAACCAAGGUGGUGGACUCGGACGGUUGCUACGCCAGUGUAUCGGUGGGAACUGCGAGCGACAAGCUGGACGCGAAUUCGACGAUUCAGGGCGUGGUGCUGGAGAAGCUAUCGGGGCUAUUGACGUGCUUGGACUAAGCCUGCCACACCGUGUACAUCCUGCCACCAUGCCUAGAUUAGUAGACCCGCCAGCCCUAAAUCCUGAACUCAAUCCGCGUGGUCCAAGCCCUGUUGAUCAUUGGCUAGGGUUGGGACGUCUCAUCGAUAGAUUAAUGUCUUGCGUUAUUAAUUUAGCCUCGCAAGGUCUCCGAGCCCUCCAACACCCCUCCAUCGCACCUGACCCGGUUCCUGACAUGUGGCGUCA